UAGUAAUGAUUUGGCGUAACCUCGUCCGUCCACGUCGUCCUCUCAUUGGUCGUCGGUGGUGCGAACGCCAUUAGAGGGAGGGAGGGAGAGCCUUCUCUCGAUCGCGAUCCCGUCAUCCCUCUUGUUCCGAUGGCUUCUAGUCGCCUUCUUCUGCUAGUCUUCCUCCUCCACCUCGCCGUCUCGCAGCGCUUCGCCUCCUCCUCCUCCUCCUCUCCUAAGGUCUCGCUGGCCCUGUACUACGAAACCCUGUGCCCCUACAGCGCUAACUUCAUCGUCAAUUACCUCGCCAAGAUCUUCGACGACGGCCUCAUCUCCAUCGUCGACGUCGAUCUCGUCCCCUACGGCAACGCUAGGAUCCACAACGGCACCAUCUCCUGCCAGCACGGCCCCUAUGAAUGCCUACUAAACACCGUCGAGGCAUGCGCCAUCGAUGCUUGGCCUGAUUUGAAUCAACAUUUCAGCUUCAUUUAUUGUGUUGAGAGCCUGGUUUUGAAACAUAAGUACCUUGAGUGGGAAUCGUGCUUUUCAGAAACCGGGCUUGGUUCACAUGCUGUCUCGGAAUGUUAUGAUAAUGGACAUGGGCAAGAGCUUGAAUUAAAGUAUGCAGCACAAACAGAUUCUUUGGAGCCCCCUCACAGAUACGUUCCUUGGGUGGUGGUGGAUGGACAGCCACUAUACGAGGAUUAUGAGAACUUUGAAGCUUACAUUUGCAAAGCUUAUAGUGGAGAGUCUCCAAAUGCCUGCUCCGGAUUGACCGUCAUAACCAACCAGGUGAAGGAAUCAAAUGGUCACGCCUGUUAUGCUGGUGAGCUGAUAAGACCCUCGACGGUUGUAGAAAAUGAUGAGAUGAAGAUAAAAAUGGUAAUAUAAAUUUCCUAUCUAUGAGUUGUUCUUUCUAAUCAUCUGUUGGUCUUAUUAAGUGGUUCAAUAAUGAUCCUUUUUUCCUUCCAUUAGGAAGAAAUUUCGUGUAUAUAUGUGAAAAGAUCUGCCCUUUUUUUUUUUUUUUGGUAAGGUUGGGGUAUGAUGCUGUGGAAUACCCCCAACCUUAUCUUGUUAGAGUGUAAAAACAUAUGGGAGUAGUAUUAGCUGCCUUUUAUAUUAAAAAUGCUAUUUUGCUGCUUGAUUAAUUAA